GUCAACCGGCGGCGAUCUUCCCGGCAUUGGCAGAGCUGCUGGAGGGGCACCCGUCGAGGAACGUGGUGUAGAUUAUUUUCCACACGAGCUGGAGCGGCGACAAGUCGUUCGCAGGUCGGAUCGAGAUGAUCUUCAAGGUCCAGAACGGGACCCGAACAUCAACCCGGUUCGAGGAGUACCGCGAGCUGGUGAAGUCGCGGGCCGGGUUGUCGGCGGGUACCGGCGGCGGGACGUGUGAGGAGAAUGUGAGGUGCGUGGCCGAUGGGAACGAGAUGAUGAGAUUCUACUGUCUGGGUCCUGCCGGCGACGCGCGUGGGGGAGGCGCGUGGGUGUUUACGGGCGUGAAGGGAUCGACAGCCAUCUGCACAUUUUCGGGGAGCGGUGGGGCCCACGAGAGCGCCGGCAGAGGGAAGGGCAGGAGGGCUAUGUUGGUCUGUCGGGUUGUGGCGGGCCGGGUGUCAAAGGGAAUCGGGUUCGGGUCGUUGUUGGGGGAGGAGGAGCGGGUCGGGCUUGACUCGGUGAGUGGGGACGGCGGCGAGCUGCUGGUGUUUGAUAGCCGUGCGGUCUUAACUUGCUUUCUUAUCAUCUACCAAUUGUAAAAAGUUAAAUACCAUUAAGUAGAAAUUUAUUUAUUAUUAUUAUGGUCCUUCCUUUUGCACUGUUUUGCAUUUAUCAACACAAUUUUUUAUGUGUUGUUUUCGCUGAUUUUCUGGGAGUGAAACUUUGUUUUUUUAACUUGACGAAAUAGUGUUGAUAAAAUGCUAAUCAAUCG